CCCCAAACCUGACAAAACAGCAGCUGGAGCAAGUACGCACAACAGCUGUCAUGCCACUCAGCCUGGUCUUGGAAAGUGGAAGUGGGGGGCACAAGUUCGGAACAGCUGCGAGAUCAGAGAAUCCGAUCAAACGUGGAGUGAGAAACUUCCAGGACAAAUCUUGGUUCCAGACUCAAGGCUUUGGAUCUUUUUCUCUCUUUUUGUGUUAGGAAUAAUUGCUUACGGACAAUAGCCCAUUUCUGACUAAAUAGUUUGGACUCCUUUUCUCUCUGGGGAAAUCCAAAGCAAAUUUGAUCUUUGGCGGCCGGAUCUGGAGUUUUCAUUUGAAUGGUUCAUGCGGAGAAGCCGGCGGCAGCUGGAAUGGGGUGCGGGCAGCAUUCCUGCACCAGGGUCUUGGCCGCAACCCUGUGUUUGUUGCUUCUGUCCCCAAAUUCGGGCUUUGCAAGAAAACGUUGGAAACGUGGUCUUCACCUGAAGUUGACGGAGAAAUACGAUGACUAUGAGUACCCCCUUCAUUCCCAUGGCGCACUAUACCAGAAGAAUGACCGCUGCCCCCCUCCGCCCCAGACUCUACCGGACCGAGCAUGCGAGGUGCCCGGGUGCCGCUCAGAUUCGGAGUGCGAAAGGCACAAACGAUGCUGCUACAAUGGAUGCAUUUAUGCCUGCUUAGACUCGGUGCCGCCACCCCCAGUUUUGGAUUGGCUCGUACAGCCCAAACCACGCUGGCUGGGUGGAAAUGGCUGGUUACUUGAUGGACCAGAAGAAGUUUUACAAGCUGAGGCUUGUAGCACCACUGAAGAUGGCGAAGAGCCCCUGCACUGUCCGACGGGAUACGAAUGCCACAUCAUAAACCCUGGCAAUGCGGCCGAGGGCAUCCCCAAUAGAGGGCAGUGUAUCAGGCAACGGGGAAACUCAGAUGGGCGGAACCUGCAUCCUAAAUAUUACAAGGAAUAUUUGGGAAGCAGCUCCAAUAACGUGGUAGGUUUAGGAUACGUGAAACAGCAACAAAAACAUCUCGGCUGAUUCAAGUGCAGUCCUGUGCCGAACGCGCCCAUGGAGUGACCCUUGGUGCGAAAAUAUGUAGUGAUGCAUCUGCUCCAGUUGCCAGAACUGGGCCUUGCCCACAACGCCCCCCUCCUGUGCACUCCUGGCUUUAUUUUGGGGGCACCCCCUGGAAGGACACCAGCUCCCUCACUGUGCUCUGACCUCCUUUCUCCUGGCUUCCGUUUUCGUCUCCUGGCUGACCUCGGGGCUGCUAAUCCAGUUGGACUCCUUGUCUUCCAACCUCUGCCUUGCCCUGCGGUAUUUUCGGUAUUUUCGUUAGAGCUCAGACUAACCCGAAAACCCCAGCUGGGAGGCUGACAAAGGGAAUUGUUCGAUUACUCCCUGGAAAUACAAAGACGACAAGAGCUCGCCUGUUUACAAGCAUCAGUGAUUAUUUGCUAGACUUUGUUUUCACUUGCUACAUACAUCAUGAUACUGAAAGUCAUUAUUUUGGACAGCAUUCUUCUGCCUCCUACGCCAACCCUUCCACUGUAAUUCACAUCUCAUUAAUUUAGAGUUUCCAAAUAGUAGUAAUAUCUUACUACUUAUAGGGGAAAAAAAUAAAAGCAUCUUGUUCAUGA